AUUCAGUAGAAUUUUGUUACUGAAUUGAGGAAGUGAAUUAGUCUUUCCAUUUAUCGUCCUGUCAAAUAUUAUUUCUUUACCAAUUUACACAUUUUAAAUUGAUUCUUAUAUCAAAAUUAUUAUUUAUACAUGGAUAUUUUUGAAAAAUAUAAAUAAUCAAUUUUUAUAAUAAAAUCAUCUUAUGUAUGUACGAAAAUUUCUUUACCUUAGCUGGAAAUUAAUUCUGACCAAUCAGAAAACGCCUUAGUGGCAUCUCUUGUGUUGCCGAUACUUGCACGUGAAGAUGAAAGCUGCAUUAUUUAUAGCAUUAGCCUGCCUUGUGGCCCUAUCUAGUGGUCAGGAUGGGGCUAAACUCCUGGCUUCAAAGACUAUCUUGAACCAAUGGUUAGUGGAAGGCAGGGACGUGACUGUGCUCUAUACCAUAUAUAAUGUUGGAAGCAGUGCUGCAUCCCAGGUUGUCCUCAAUGACGAGUCCUUUGCAGAGAGCGAUUUCAACGUUGUCAGUGGUCAGUUGAAGGUCCAGUGGGAUCGCAUCUCCCCAGCCAGCAACGUGACCCAUGCGGUCAUCCUUCAGCCUCUCAAAACCGGUCUUUACAAUGUCACUCAUGCUACCGUUACCUAUGUCCCAUCAGAAGGAUCAGAUGCUAGGACAUCAUAUACAAGUGCUCCAGGAAAGGCUGGUGUUGUAGCAGUAAAAGAUUAUGAUAGGAGAUUCUCUCCACAUUAUAUGGAUUGGGCUGCAUUUGCUGUUAUGACGAUCCCUCCCAUCGGCAUUCCAUUCCUUCUAUGGUUCAGAAGCAAGUCAAAAUAUGAGGCUCUUUCAUUUAAGACCAAGAAACAUUAACCAAUUAAGUCCAAAAAUAAAAUCCUUUAUUCUUUAUUUAAUUCUCAAUUCACUACCACAAAAUCAUGAUAAUUUGGUACAAAGAGAUUAUCAUUUUCUGUUUUUGAAUUCGUUUUGUAAAGCAAUAUUGUAUUUCGAUUGACCCAUCUUUCUUCUUAAUGAAGUAAGGUGGGUCUCUCUAUUAUGUUGCAGAUGAUAUCCUGACUUUGUGGUAGUGAACACGAAAGUAUGUUCAUUAGUAUAGUUAGAUAUAAAAAAGAAUGGAUCAGUCACUGAAUGUGAAUUGCAAAGUGCACUAGUAACAACUAUUGCUAAACAUUCCAUUGGGGAAAAAGAUGUUCAUAAUGGCGCAGUCACGUUUCCCCCAUGGCAGCAGUAUGGUGAGUCGAAAACAGCCGUUUAAACAUUUCUUUUGUAAUAGCUACCUAUGGGUGGAAUAACAAUUAAUGAAACUGCUGUUUUCGACUCGCCGUACGGCUGUCUUGGAAAUGUGACUGAAGCAUUAUGGUGACAUUACAAAUCAUUGAUCGAUCUGUAUUUUCUAUAAGCAGUAUCAUGAGGACAAUUCAAACUGUUUGAUUUUAAGAUUCUGUCAUUAUAAUGCAUUAUCGAUCCUAACCAUUGAAAAGGAUUUUAGAAUGACACAUGCUGUAGAUAUAUUGAUGGAAAAUUCAUGGAUUAUGAAUCUCAAUCAUAAUAAGACAUAUCUUCAUUUAUAGUUAUUGUUAUUUCAGGGUUUUUUUUUUUUGUUCAUGAUAGAAAAUUUAUUUUAGUCCAAUUCGUCCAUGCAAAUCAUGUUAUGUUUUUAACAGUUACAAAUAUCAAACUUUGGGUCUUUUAGAUAGUGGUUACAUAUGGUUGUUUGAAUGUUCUCUUACUUUUCUCUCUGCAUAGAUGAUAGUUGAGGUCACAAAAUUUAUUUCUUCUCUUUUUUUGUCACUCAAUUCUAGAUUAUUUGAAGAUUUCAUGUCUCUUUCAUGUUUCAGAUAUGAGAAGUUAUAUAAUAUUUUCAUGUCUUUUUUUUCUUCAUAUUUCAGUUUAUAUUUCCUAAUCAAAGCAAUAAACACUGCUCAGCAAACAAAAGAUGAUAUCAACAUCUUGUUUGUUUUUAAUGGGUAAAUAUACAUUAGUGGAAACUGUUGGUGAAGGGUCAUCUAAACAUGUUUGUGUUUAAUAACUUUAAUUUUUAUAUUUUCUCUUGCCUUGCAUAUAUUCAAUACAUUAUUGUGUAGGUAAAUGGAAUUAAAUUUAGAGAACCAAGUUAUAAACAUUCAGUAUUAUAGAAAAGGGAUACUUGUAAUUAUGUUAAGUCUCUAAUCUAAUGUGGAACUUUCUAAUAAACAAUGUCUUCUGAUACCUCAUAUUCAAGAAAUGGAAAUUGAAAUUCCUUUAUUUGCCUUGCAGCCUUCCUUGAAUAUAAAACCAUAGAAAAAGUGGAGAUAUGAAAUUAUACAGUAUCAACUGGAAAUCUUUACGAUCACUUUAACAAAGUGUUUCAUUGCACCACUACAUAAGACAGAAAUACCAUCUGUUCUGGGGAUUUAUUUUUUUACCAAAACUUGACAUUUCUUGGCUUCUAUGCACACCGAUCAUUGGAGCCAGAUGUAGUCUCGGCAGAACAAAUAAUGAUGCACAAAUAAGAAAAUUAUGGUAAAGACUGUUGAUGACUGUAUUUUUAUUAAGUAGAAGAACAGUGGUAUGGUAAGUUUGGAGAAGAUACGUGAUGACUUGGAAAUUGAUAUGAAUGAAUUGUAAACCGGGAUGUCUUCAGAUGGGACUGCUGCCUGAUGAUAGCUAUGGCUUGUCAGUAUUGUAUAUGUUCAUUACGUAAAGUCAGGCUGUAUCAAAGUUUGUUUGUUCAUGUCUAUGUCAAUCUUUGAUUUAGUUCAAGGUAUUUGUGAAUUUAUUUUCAACGCAAAAACACUUUUAAACUCUCUUUAAAAUAAA